CAGUUGUCCUCACCAAUCCGAUAAGAACGACCGGCCCAACCGUCCUCUUAUCGAAUGGGAGGCAUUGCUGGCAUUGCUACGAGCCGCUCGUGUUGCAGCAGUUGUGAGCGACCUGUUCGUGUGGCGCAUUCUGUCGCCUUACGAUUUUUCUCGCCGCUUCGCAUUAAGCGGUGGAUGUAACGUGCCUUGCUUUGUGCCGUUGUGCUAUGGCAUUCUGGGAGUACACGCUGACAGGCUUCGGCGAGUUCUUCGAGCAGCGGCGCGUCACUUUCGCGGAGCCCAUGCCUGCCGACCGCGUCUGCAGCAUCUGUGGUCGGAUACCGUCUAACGCCGUGGUGCUACCCUGCGCUCACGUUUCGUGUCUACAGUGCAAAGUUGAAGUGUGUGCCGCUAAACAGUGUCCCCUCGAUGGAACAGCCGUCACUGAAGAAGAGCUUGUCCCUUUUGAGACCGACGCGUGUUACUUGGAAAGGUGGCGCGUUGUAUGCAUCGUUGACGGACGGAAGUGCCCUUCAAACUUCUCCGGCAAGCUGUCCGACCUGAGAGCCCACCUGACCCGUUGCCGUGGCGGUGACGUGCACUGCACCAAGUGCUACCGACCGGUCACGCGUGAAGCGGCCGCCGAACACUACAGGCAGUGCUGUGAUUCGAACUCCAGGUGCCAUUCCGUGAGUGACGCGGUAGUGCGAGAGGCCGUCGAAGGAAUACGAGGUAUCAAAGAAGACCUCGAGAGUCUGCGGCAGAAGGCGUUGAACGAGCGCGAUAGCGAAGACGAACUUGUGAACGGAGUCAACGGGUUAGUCGAGAGACUCGCCAAUCUUGAUCGUUCACUGUCCGUGGCGCAGGAGACGGCCAGUGGCGCCCAGCGAGAAGGCAGUCAGUCAUCGCAGUCAUCUGCGCCAGGCCCUUUCCGAGCGGCGUCGAAGCCCGGCGUCUACAUCACUACGUGCAAGUUCAAGAAUGUGUAUGCCGCACGUGAUUCACUCUCGCAGACUAAGAGAGAACACGGGGUAUUGGGUGAUGAUUACACGCUGAGCGGCUAUACCUUUCGUCCUUGGUAUCAGUUUUCGUUGUCGGGGGAUGCAGGCAGUGAACAGGUGAGCGUGCUGUUCGCCAUACACUUCAAGGAUGGGGAAUGGGACGAUUACGUCGAGUGGCCAUGCUCGAAAAAAGUUGCGUUGGUCAUCACGCACCCCAGAGAUGUGACCAAGGACGUCAGGCUGCCUUUGCGUGGCGAAGCUUACGAAGUUGCGAAGAAACCGCGUCCCGGUAUGGUUAACAAAAGCUACCGGACGGAGAUGGUGUCUUGGAAUGACAUAGAAUUUCGUGGCUACAUUACGAAGGAUACCCUCUACGUCAAUGUGGAGCUUGAGUAACGUACAAUCACCAUUUUCGUUUGUCUCCUUCGUCACGCAACGUAUAGUUGACCAAAUUUACCGUGUACUCGAAUACCACCAUAGACUACCGUACUUGCGAAGCACUAUGCACUAUAGAGUUCUGUUCUAUCGGUUGUGUUAUUUCUUGCUUUUUUUUUUCCGGCCAAGCAUCGGCAUGCAAGUAACCUUUAUGGCCACUUUUCACUUGUACUGAUGCGAAGUUUGGAAGCAGUUGCGCUAUAAAA